UACUGUUCCAUACAAAACAAUAAUGGAACAGCUGAAGGGGCACUUUUCGCCGCAGCCCUCAGUGGUGGCUUGUCGAAAUGCCUUCUACGCAAAGCGGCAAGCCCCUGGGGAAACCAUAACUGGGUUUGUGACCUCUCUCCGCCAAGCCGCCCGGUUCUGCAACUUCUCAGAGCUGGAGAACAUGCUUCGUGACCGCCUCGUCGGUGGCCUGAAGGAUGAGAAGCUGCAACGACGCCUCUAUGCUAAGAAGAACCUAACGUUCCAGGUCGCUCUGGAGGAGGCCCUGGCAACAGAAGCUGCCGAGAGGUCGACGCAAGAGGCACGGCAGAGCCAGCUGUCCCAACCGAGGGUCCACCACGAAGACCUCACCGACGACUCAGGAUCCGACAGGGAGGAGGUGCACCGAGUACAGCAGCGCACUCAAGCAGCCCACAUACCACAGCUGCCUCGACGAGAAGGAGGGAACUGCGCAAGCUGUGGAGAAAGUCACGAGAGGAGGACCUGCCGUUUCCGCAACGCAGAGUGCAGGCAGUGCAGAAAAUUGGGACACAUCGCCCGGGUGUGUCGGGCUCGGCCCACCCGACGCCAGGCAUCAGAUGACCAAUCCAAGAGCCCCAGGUCCCGGGGCCCAACGCACCAAGGCAACUCGACGGAGCUCACGGACUUCCAGGGAUUCCUGGCGUCACCCCCUUCUUCGAUGAUGUGUUGAUUGCCGGGCCCACACCAGAGGAGUUUGAGGACCGCCUCCGCACCAUUCUGCACCGUUUCCAGACAGCGGGUCUCAAGGUGAAGCGGGAAAAAUGUCUACUAGGAGUGCCUCAGGUGGACUUUCUGGGAUUUAUGGUGGACGCAGAAGGGGUCCACCCGACUGGGGACAAGGUACGGGCCAUUUGUGAUGCCCCAGCGCCCAAGAACAAGACUGAACUUCAGGCCUUCUUGGGACUAUUGAACUUUUACCAUUCCUUCCUUCCCCACAAGGCGGCGGUAGCAGAGCCCCUACACAGACUCCUGGACAAGCGGGCCCCUUGGGUGUGGGGCCAGCGCCAGGAGGCCGCAUUCCAGGCAGUCAAGGACUUGCUUGUCUCAAACUCGGUCUUGGCACACUUCGACGAGAGGCUGCCGGUGGUGCUAGCAUGCGAUGCCUCGCCCUAUGGAAUUGGC